AUGUAUUCUCACAUAUUCAUUUCCCUAUCCACGGACAUUCUGGAGCAAGUGUUCCAGUUCAUUAUCCUCAUGCCUAAAAAUCACUCACCCGCCCAACUAAAAGAGGCGUUAUUCAACGGCACAGCUGUGUUGCAUAAACACCGAUUGGACGAGUUGUUUGGUGAUCUCAAAAUUGACGAUCGCACUCCGUUCCAUUCACAUGCGGCAGCUUCUUGGUACCAGAAUUCUAGACGACGCAAUUCUCCGCCAUCUUUGGUUGAAGCACCUUCCUCCACGCAUCCGUGA